AUGAAGUGGUCAACUGGCUCACUGCUAGCGGCGCUGUUCGCUCCUAGCGCACUCGCCAUUACACCUGAAUUCUGCCCCAAGAAUGGCAAGGUCUGCUUUACCUGGGGUGUCCCAGAGGCCUCAGCAAGCUCAGGAUCCGGCCCCAUCUACUUCCAGCUCAAGGCACCAACAAGUAUGCAAUGGGCAGGUCUCGGUAUCGGCGACCGGAUGGCUGGCUCCCAGAUGUUCAUCAUUUACCAGGACGGAAAGGGCAACGUCACACUGAGCCCAAGACCAGGAACGGGCAACGUCAUGCCCGAGUACACGAAAAUGGAUGGACUCGAGCUGCUGGAAGGUUCCGGAGUGAAGGACAAUGAGAUGAUUGCCAACGUUCGAUGCAACAACUGCAAGAACGUGAAUCUCAAGGGUUCUGACCUGUGGAUUGCCGCUUGGCUGUCUGGCGACUCUCUGGCCUCGACAAGCCCCUCCGAACGCAUUUCCCAACACGACGAACACGCUACCUUCGAUGUCAACCUCGCCAAAGCUGCGAUGACCUCAGACAGCAACCCGUUCCUUUCAGCUAACACAAACAAGGGCAGCUCCAGCUCCGGUGGUGCUGCGUCCGAGACAUCCAGCCGCGGCGCAAGCAACAAGGUUCAGCUGGCUCACGGUAUCAUCAUGUCCAUUGUAUUCAUCGCCGGGUACCCUCUGGGUGCCAUUCUCAUGCCCAUGCUCGGCAAAUGGAUCAUUCACGCCGGUUGGCAGGUUGUCAUGCUGCUCCUCAUGUGGGCUGCAUUUGGACUUGGAUAUGUCGCUGCUAGAGACGGAGGCUUAUGGGGAAAGCAAGCUCACACUCAAAUGGGCACUGUUGUCGUUGUCUUGAUCACCCUUCAGCCUAUUCUUGGUUACAUGCAUCAUCGGUACUUCCUCAGCCAUGGCAAGCGAGGCAUCAUCAGCCAUAUUCACAUCUGGUUCGGCAGAGCUCUCAUGAUCAUCGGUAUCGUCAACGGUGGUCUGGGCCUGAAGCUCGCAAGCUCAUCCCGUGCAUUCAUCAUUGCGUACUCGGUCAUUGCUGGUCUUGCUGCCAUCCUCUACCUCGGUGCUGCCAUUGUUGGCGAGAGGAGACGAUCGGCUUCUCGUGUUAAGCAGAUGUCGCCUCAGAUGUCUCAGGAGGAGGCACGAUAA